AGUGAGUGUCUACGUGUAGUCUGCCGGCCUUUGGGUUCAUCAAUCACGAAAUGGCAGACUCAUCGUUGACUUUGAGGUUAUGGCGACUCAUAACUUUUCUGCUACUAUUGACAAGCAUUCCUUUGGCUUCUGCACUGAAGUUUGAGCUUCAAGCUCACCCGGGACCCGAGAGUGCCAAACAGGAGAGAUGCAUACGGAACUUUGUAGCUGCCGAUACUCUUGUGGUGGUCACUGCAAUUGUUGGAGGUAGCAAAGGCGAUGGACAGAUGGUUAACAUGCGUAUCAAGGACACUUUAGACAACGAGUAUGGACGCCCUCGCGAUAUUGUAGGCGAGCGGAGAAUGGCAUUCACCUCGGCGGCGGAUUCGGCUUUCGACGUUUGUUUCGAGAACGUCCUGACAAGCAGACACGCUGUUAUGAAUCCGACCCGUUCUAUCGAACUUGAUGUCGACAUUGGUGCUGAUGCGCGGGACUGGUCUGCCAUCCAAGCUGCCGAGAAGCUGAAGCCUGUUGAGACCGAGUUACGCCGCAUCGAAGAGUUGGUUGGCGAAAUUGUUCAGGAAAUGGAGUACCUGAGAUCGCGAGAGCAGAGACUUCGUGAUACCAACGAGAGUACGAAUGAACGAGUUAAAUGGUUUGCAUUUGGCACGAUGGGAAUGCUCGUAGGAUUGGGAGCAUGGCAGAUUGUCUAUCUUCGGGCAUACUUCAGAUCGAAGCAUUUGAUUUAAAAAGGAACAGCAUAUAUAAUGGUACGAAGCCCGUAAUGGGCAUGAUAAAAAUAAUAUCCAUCGUCAUGGAAAAAUAUUAGUUCUCGAUCAUCGGUCAUGGACCUCAACUUGCUUGCAUUUGCACGUCUUGAUAAGGAAAUCUCAGAAAGAAAAUGGCACAUGAAGAGGGUUACGAAGAAACAGUCUCAGUCCUCUUUUUCUUGUUUUGAUUAUGGUGAUGAACAGUCAAUAUUAGGGCGAUAGAGACAUUAGCGCAACAAACCUUGGUCGCAUGCAAGCUCUUGCCGGAGAAGAUGGCUUCUUCAAGGUGAGUAUUUGCCUCUGAGGCAUUGUUGUAUCCUGUCUCUAAAAGUGAUACACGCUUUUUGAAAUCAACGUCUAGAU